GGUUUAUUGCAUGUCUCCGGGCGCUCCCUUCUUCUGCGCAUGCGUGCUCCAACAAAACCAUAACAUGUAAAACACUGAGAAAGACAAACCUGAAACUCAUGAAGUGGCGGACUAACAGGGUUUAGUGUGAGAGACUUGUACAACUUGAAAACAGAACAGCAUGUUUGCAAAAAAGAAAAAGGAACCUGCGUCCAGGGGCCAAGGUGCUGCAGCUGCCAAACAGAUGGGGCUGUUUAUGGACCCAGAGGACAUGAUGAAGGGCAUGGAUGAAAACCUGGACGACCCGGAUCUGGAGGCUGAACUGGCUGCUCUCACCGGGGGAAAAGCUGCAGCCAGAGGGCGAGCCAAGGCCAAAGGCAAGGCUCCUUUGCCCAUGGAGGAUAUCGCUCGAAUGGCCGACGAAUGUAUGAAAGAUAUAGAGGAUGACGAUGAUGAAAAUGUUGAAGAUGAUGAAGAUCUGUUGGCAGAGCUUCAGGAAGUGGUGGGUGAUGAGGAAGAGGAAGAGGAUGAAGACUCUGGCCAGACCACAUCCGUUACAACAGAGUCGAGUGAAGCAGUAACUCCAGAGGCUCCUCCUGCACUGCAGGAGUCCGCCCCAGUGUCCUCUGCAGCUCCAGGCUCUGUGCAGCACACUCUGGAGGAGCGGCUGUCUAUGUACCAGACUGCACUGAAGAACGCUAAAGCAGCAGGAGAAGCCUCUAAAGUCAGAAGACUAGAACGUGGCCUUAAGUCUCUCCAGUCCAUGCUAACUGCAUUGAAAAAGGGCAGAUCUGUGAAUGAGGCAGAUAUCCCUCCUCCUGUGGCCACCGGAGCUGCACGGCCGCCUCCACCUGCACCCACAUCCCCGUCAGAGGGCACCGCUCCUGUGGAAGAGUCCGAGCCCAUGCCCCCCUCUGCGGCAGUACCAGAGAUCACUGUGGAGACCAGCCCUGAGGAGGAGCAGCCGCCGUCUUCUGAAUCUGCGGCUAGUUUAAGUGCACUACCAACCCCAGAAGAAGAGAAAACAAGUCAAGAACAACCACAAGACAGCAAAACAAAUGCGAACGACGGCACGAGGACGAUGCUUUUGGAGAGGCAGAGAGAAUACAAGAUGGCUGCUUUGAGAGCCAAGAAAGAGGGGGACAAGGAGCAAGCUAUGCAGUUCUUCAGGAUCAGCAAGGGCUUUGACGCCGUGUUGGAGGCGUUGGGGAGAGGAGAAUCGGUGGACCUCAGUAGUCUCCCACCAUCCCUAGGACAGGGCUCUGGAGGAACCUCUGCUCCUGUGAAAGGCCGUCCUACUCGAGCUGCUCCACCACCGCCCUCUGCUGCUCCAGCUGCCCCCUCUGUCCCUGCUCCUCCCAAAGACGCUCUGGAGGCUCUUGAACAGAGAAAGGCUAAAUAUGUGGAGGCUUCAGCUCAGGCCAAAGCCAACGGGGACGACCGCAAAGCCCGAAUGCAUGACCGCAUCGCCAAGCAAUAUCAGAAUGCCAUUCGAGCCCACAAAGCAGGAAAAGCUGUAAAUUUUGACGAGCUCCCGGUCCCUCCUGGCUUCCCUCCGAUCCCCGGACAAAAGACUCCAGAGGCAGAUCAGGGGAUAGUGGCAGCACUGGAGGCCGCUCACAAACUGGCCUCUGCGGACGUCAACCAAACUGCAGAAGACGACGAGGGAGAGGAGCAGGAGGCAGAGUCAAAGCCGGAGGAGCCCAAAAAGCCACUACUGGACCUGCCCGCAGCUCCACAGAAGAAGAGGACCCCAUCUCCAGACCGAAGAUCUCAGAAGGACGCACUUUCUCCAACAUCGGAUCAGGUGGAGACGUUGGAGAACAGGAGGAAGCAGUUGCUAAAGGCGGCUGUUCAGGCCAAGCAGAAGAACGAGCUGGACCAGGCCAAGGCUCUGCUGCGGAAAGCCAAAGCACUGGAGCCCAUGAUCGAAGCAGCUCGAGCGGGAAAACCUAUGAACAUCAGCCAGAUUCCGUCGCCACCCGGUGAUGAGGACGACGACUUCAUCAUGAUUCACCACAGCGACGUUCAGCUCUCAGAGAAAGCAGAGGAAAUCUACGCCCAGCUCACCAAGAUCCUACAAGAGCAGUAUGAGAAAUGUAUGACUCACUCCAAGCAGUUCACUCAUUUGGGCAACGUCAAAGAGACAACCAAGUUUGAGAAAAUGGCGGAGAGCUGUAAGAAGAGCCUGGAGCUGCUGAAGCUGAGUCACAGUCGAGGGUUACCGCCUCCAAAACACCACUUUGAGGAGAGGGCUUUUCACACCGUGGGUAUAUUCCCAGAGCUGAGCAGUACAGAGAUGGUGGUCAUUAUUGUCAAAGGGAUUAAUCUACCUGCUCCCAGUGGUAUCCAAACGAAUGACCUCGACGCCUUUAUAAAGUUUGACUUCCCCUACCCCAGUACGGAGCAGGCACAGAAGCACAAAACAUCUGUUAUUAAGAACACAAACUGUCCAGAGUACAAUCAGAGCUUCACGUUAACGAUAAACAGAAACCACCGAGGGUUCAGGCGCCUGGUGACGUCGAAAGGCUUAAAACUGGAGCUGUUUCAUAAAGGUGGUUUUCUGCGAAGUGACAAACCGAUCGGGACGGCUGUGGUCAAACUGGAGGGUUUGGAAAAUCAGAGCGAAAUCAGGGAGAUUGUGGAGGUGAUGGAUGGUCGUAAACACACCGGGGGUCGUGUGGAUGUGAAGGUCCGACUUCGAGAGCCUCUGAGUGGGACAGAACUGCAAACCAGCUCCCUCAAGUGGCUCGUUAUCGACCAGGUCUAGUUUAAACCUGCUGCAAGAAACAAGUUCAAAUGAAAGAUUGAACUGAUCCAAUCGAACUCAGAGAAAGAGCCCAACACUGUUCACAGGUGUGGCUCCUGUUAGACUUUUGCACAUUGAGACACAAACUCCAACAACAGAGGACUGAACCGGGUCUGUACCAGAACUGGACUGGACCUUGAGGGUCUAGGUCUGUACCAGUGUUGGGGAGUAAUUAAUGGAAUGAAGGAGAGACACAAAAAUAAACAGUUUGAAUGCUCAGAAAACAAGUCUUGACAAACAUUUAAAGCCUUUGAAAUGAGCUAGAGAUUUUAAAGUGGGGCUAAACACUAAAUUCGCAAUCUGAUUCUUGAAAAUAGUGUUUUCUGCCCAACUAAAUACUAAAUAGCAGAAUCUUUUAAAUAUAUUUCUAAACUGGUAGUCCUGUACUAACUUAAAGUGGAACUAAACAGUACAUACACUUUUUUGCUGCUGAACUGUGUAUAUGGUGUUUUAGUAUCAUUGUCUACUGUUCCUAGUCAUUUUUGGCAGGUACAUUUGCAGCUUUCUGGUCAAAAACACCUAAAUCUAAGUUUGUGCUGCCUUCAAUGCCUUCGUAUUAAUAGAGAAAACCACGGAAUGGAGGAGUAAACAUGAGGGAGGCUUCAGGAGCUGACGUCAGUGGGACUUCCUCACCCAUUUUCUGCAGAAUUGAGGAGAAGGAAGCGAGGAAAGAGAAAUGAGAUGCAGCCCUAGUUCUUUUUGAAGUUGCAGUGGUUUCUAACAGGUCUUUGGUUAAACUCAGUCACUAUAUUUGAAGAAACCUGUGAAAUCCAACUCCUUUUCUCUUCCCUUAAACUGGGCAUUGCCUCGAGGACUAAACUUUUAGCUUGGUGUUUGGUCCCACUUUAAAAAGGUCUAUAUUACUCUAUUUUCAGGGCUGUUAUAAUGUUGUUUCCUCAUCACAAACAGACCUGGAGUUGUGUUUUGUUUCAUUCACAUGUUUAACACACAAACCCUGCAUAUUUAAAGACACUCUUAAAACACUGUUCACUGCAAAUUUCUCUGAUCUGGCCAAGAUUUUAAAAGUUAUAUCAGGUUAUUUAUCUUGUUUUCAGAUUUCUUAUCUACUUACUAGACCAGAGACUGCUUCAUUCUAGUCUACAGAUUGUUAAUUUUACUUUACACAAGUUAUCUUAAAAUAAUCUUGCUGCAUGGACACAUAAUUACACUACUUUUGAGUUACUUUCUGAUAGAUUUAAGCGUUUAUCUCUUAAGUUUUGGCCAAGCUUUUUUGCACUGUUCCACCCUGUGAUUACUUGUGUUAAUACAGGAGGUGCUCCACUGUGUUUUUAAACUCCACACACCUUCACUACAACCAUUUGGACAAUUUCAGCCCUGGAAUUGCCAAUCUCUACUGACCUAAAGGUAAAAGGAGCUGUUCACUUGAAAACUACUUGAAGAUCUAGACAGACUAAUGAUGCAGGAUUACUCAGAUGUGUGUAAAUGAACCCAAACACAACUCCAGGUGUGUUUUUCGAUAUGAGAACAACAUUAAAAAUAUGACUAAAAGCUCACAAGUGUCAGUGGGCUCUAUUUAAGAAAAGAAAGACGUUUAGAAAGAUGCGAUGACAACUUUCGGUGUAGUUCCUGACACUGGGCUCGCUGACUGACUGUGAUAAAACCCACUGAAAGGUUGUACAGAGGAUUUUUUAAGGGAAGAAAAGUACAGCGACAGUCCUUGUGCAUGCGUGACACCAUCGUCCUCCUCCACAGCUCCCUCAGUAGAAACGCCUCCUCCCGCCUCUUUACAGCCAGUACGUGUUCAGAAUUACUGUUGAAGUGACCUGUCUAGAAGUAAUUUAGCGACCGAUGCAUCUGUUUUUAGACCCUUUGUCUGCUUCAGUCGCUGGAAGGAAUCUCCAAGAAUCACCUCAGUUUGAUUUUGCUCCUUUUCGCUUUCUCCUUUCAGCAACCGUUUGAAAAAGCCUCUAAGAACCGCUGCAGAAACCAAGUAAUCCCCGCACGCUGGCGAGUCAAUUACACGAGGGCGUUUGACUGACAACCUAACAGCCAAUAGAAAAUGAGGCAGCCUCGUUUUCUAUUGGCUGAUGUUUAUCUGGCCUCACUACAUCCACAGAUGAUAGAUUUUCAUUCUUUUUUUUUUUGGUCAUCAUAAUUACAAGGUUGCUGCGUCUCUGUAAUGGUAUUUUAAACUUUCAUUGACAAUUUGAAACAAAAAAAAAAAAUCCUCCAUACAACCUUGAAGUAAUUAUGUGCUGUUUGGAAUCAUCUUGAAUUUGACACCUCGUCUCUUCUUAUCGCAUGUACACAGUGCUUGCGGAGUUGUGCGUCAGUGGGGAAAUAAUGAAAACUGAGGUAUGAUUCUAAUUGUUGAUUAGCUGAACAUAACGGAACACUACAAUGACAUGGAGAUGAAGAAAACUGGGACAUUUUCAAAUUUUUUCGAGAUUUUGUCAGACUUCCUACCACGAAUAGAGCUUGCGGAAGUUGUCAUCGCAUGUUUCCAAACGUCUCCCUGAUUUGUGAUGUAACGUGAAUAGAGUCAAUUCUGUGUAAUAUAAAUGUGUGAACAGAUACAAACAGACUCCUGAUCUUCCUGGACUGUCUCUGUUUGAAGGAGUUUGGUGUCCGUUUUAGCUUAUCCUGCUGCAACGUUAUUCCGCACAGUCUAAUAAUCGAAUUCAUCUGUCUCCUAUGUAAAUACACUAUGCACUAAGCCAAAGUCAAUCACUGUUGCUGAAAUGCCUUGAGCUGCUGCUGCUGCUGCUGCUGCUGCUGCGGACCGCGCUGUCUGAAGUCUGAACUAAUAAUAUUACGUUAAAUCGAUGUUCUUUUAUUGUGUCGUGGUACGUCGGAGCGGGGGGCAUGCAGCUGAUACGUUUACAUUUGAGAUCCGAUUUUGAAAGUAGGAUUUAUGUGGUACUACGACUUCACAAAUCUGAUAAGAUGUGCAGCGGUUUUAUUAAAGUGGACCUGUUACGCAAAAAAAUCGACUUUUCAGAGGUUUUAAUCAUGUUGUAGUUGUUUCCCCUCACAUUUUUCUCACCCGAAGUUGUAUUUGGAGUGAUGUUUGAGGAAACUUUAUUUUCAAGACGCCAUUUCGCCAAUCAAAUCGUUUUCACCUUCAGCGGUACACGCCCACUCCUCUGCACUUGCGUUUUUUCUUAAUCAGUGAUACAUAUUUGACACAUUUUGGUACGAACUGAAAAAACAAACAAAAAAAAAAAACAAACUAGCAGCUAUCCAUUGGAGGUGCUGGUUCAGGGUUCCCACGGUCAUGGAAAUCUAGGAAAAGUCAUCAAAAUUUACAUCGUUAUUUGUCCAGGCUUGGAAUAUUCAUGGCAUUUUACCAUCUUCUUUCAUGCAACUACAGCGUUCUGUUAAUCAUAAUAGUCUAAUGAGAACUUAAAAAGACGACAAUAAAUGCACUGACAGUAUUUUGAAUGUUAAAAAACUAUAACACCAAACCAUAAGGUGAGUGGAAAGGGUUAACAUUUCAUAUUUAGCCCUAAACAUAAUGCUCAAUUCUACACAAGUAGGUGCUGUAAAGUCAUGGAAAAUUCACUUGAGGUCAUGAAAAUGUCAUGGAAAUGUUUUGAAAUUGUGUCAGUGAAAAAGAGUGGGAACCCUGUUUGUUGUGAUGACGCCAACUCCCAUUGGGCACCGCAUUUUUCUAACACGGAAAUCAGCAGUUUUAGAUCAUGUUGCAAUUUAAAAUGUCCAAAUUCUAACAUAACGAUCCACGGGUGUCAUAGAUUAUCACGAUAUAGCAAAUGCAUGCACGAUAGGUCUUCUUUAACGAAAUGCACGCCGAUUGUAAUGUGAUAGUCACUCCCCCUUCAGAGCACUUAUCACUCUUACCACAUGAAUCCUACUUUAAAAAUCACUUUAUAAUAUUACAGGAGCAGUUUGCCAAGGAGAGAACUGUACAGCUAAUAGUAGAAAUGGUACAGUGGUUUUUCUAUUUGAAGAUGUUACUUUUCUGGAGGAGGGUCUGCUACCUACUUGUCUCUGUUAAAAUGAGAAAUAUUCCACAGUAUCUCCAUGGAAACAAGCAGGUCACGUCACCAAGCUAAGACACUUGAUUAAAAGCCCUACUGUGGAAUAUUCCUGGCAAAAUUAAAAAUACAAUCCCACAGAGUCGAGCAGGUGCUGAAUCCCCCACCGGAAAAGUUAAGCAGUGUGACCUAAAAAUGUUUUUUCCAUGCACCUUUGUUUUCCAACUGUCACUAAACUUAAAACAUAGAAUUUUAUCUGUCUAAAAACACAAUUAAAUAUGUAUUAAAGCUAAUUUUUCUGUCAGACUGCCCUUAUAUUACAAAUACUAGGCUUAAAAAGGACCAGCUCACCUAAAAUAUGUUAUAAUUUUUGUUUUAUUUUUUACUUCUGAUGCCCACCUUUAUCACAGAAAGUGUAUUAGCUCUACUAAAGCUGGGUUCUUAAAAUUCACAAGUUGUGUUUACCAAAUUACCCUACUACUGUUUUUCACUUAUUGUAUUCUCAACAUAUUUAGAAAUUUUGAAGGAUAAAAUUUUAAUUGAAAUGUUUUCGUUAAGUGUUUGCGUUAUUUUUCUUUUAAAGAUUCUCUAUGUAACUCCUGCUUUGUUUUGUUUCUAGUGAGAUGUCAUUGCCUUCCCUAGAAUGUUCCAGUUUGGUAUUAAACUUAUCUGUUUCCAUGGAGACCAGAAUCCCCCUCAGCCUAGUUUCAGGUCAGAUCUGUGGAAAGGCGACCCAUACACAAUAAUAAUGCUAAGGAAUUUUCACAUUUAAUUGAAUAGAUGGAAGAUAGAAGACGUUUAAUAUUACACUGUGGAACAUUCCAGGCAAAGUACUAACAUGUCCAUGGAGACAAGCAGUUGGCAGAACCCUCCACCAGUAAAGUUACAUAGUGUGUCUUUAAACAAAUUCAUAUAUGUUCUAUUUUCGGAGCCAUACAGCCAAGUCUUUGUACCUCAGAAGUUGAACUAUCUAAUUACAGAUGUGAGCGGUCCAUACAUUUCUAUAGUUCUCUUCAGUUAAAUAAAUUGCAUAUUACUUUGCCAUAGUGUAGUGUUUUUGUUUAUUAUUUUAACAUGUUUACAAAGAUUAAGGAUGUCACUUACACAUGAGGUAAGGUUCCACCUUAUAACAAUAUAAUGGUGUUUUUAUUUUAAGUUCAAAAACUCUCACAAAGCCUGUUCUUGUAAUGUGGAGCCUUAUUUUGAAAUGUGUCACUUGUAAUGAACCUGAACUGACUUAGCUGUAUCAAUAAAUAAAUACAUAAAUAAAUAAUGUUAUGGUUAA